AUGGUUUUUAAAACCACGCGAGCUGCUACUGCAGCAGCAAGAAGAGCGGCUGCACGCAUGCGUGUGGCCGCGGAAAGUACCGCUCACACCUCAGCAGCAGGCGAUUCGUCGCCUGUUUUCGUGAAUCCUCCACGUGGUGAGUCACUACGUGCGACAGGUACAUCCGUUGCGUCUGCAGCGGGUACCUCGGGUCGUAAUCAAGACGAGUCUGAGAUAGAGCUCAUCUAUUCUGGCGAGUCGGAUGAUGCAUCCGACUCGAAGGCGACUCCUCACGCCUCUGGAUCACCCGGGGCGGACGCUGCAAGAGCCAGGUUGACUGGGUCUGUCUAA